UAUUGACAGCAGAAAGAAUUAUUUAUGCUCACUCACCACUCACUAUCUUUCCCUCACACCAAUCUUGCUUCUUACUUCAUCAAGAGUUAGUUAGUUCCCUGUGAAGUUCUUCCCUUCCAACGCUCUCUUUCUCUCUCUCUUUCAUGCUAUCUUCAUUUGCCUUUCUUGGUACAUUGGAAUUUGUCCUUUUCUUUGUCUCAUCAUCUCUUGUUGUAACCUGCAGAUUUCAAUAUUAAGUUCCAUCUUUCUUGAACUUCAAUUGUCUUUCUUUUUUAUUUUCUCCAAAAGGGGUCUUCUAGUAUAUAAUGUGAUUCAGAAAGUGUGUUCCUUUUGGUGGUUUUGUCUGUUCAAGUAAUGCCCAUUUGGUCUAAAUUGAUCUAGUAUCAUCAUUUUUCGAUUUUGAAUCAUGGAUUCACGUUAACUCUUUGAGAUUAUUAAGGUUCAGCCUGUGAUCUUUGGAAUGCUCAUUGGCUUGGAAGUGCUUUAAACUAGUCAAUUUCAGCUUAAAGAAAUGGGUUUUCGCUAAAUUUUUGUUGUCAAUUCUAGAGUACUAAAAACUCUUUAGAUAAGUUAAAGACCAAGUCUUGCAGCUUAAGUUGUUCUGACCAUGUAACUGAACAUAGGCAUCAGCAAGAUUUUGUUGUUGUUUUUGUUAUCCUAUUGUAUCUUUGAUUAGUUCAAUGAAAAGGAGGACUUUCUGGAUUAAUAUGUAACAAAGGUGUUAAGUUGAUGGAUCUGAGCUUUAUAAAAGUCAAUCAUAGUUGAGAUCUCAGAAGAUGGAGAGAGUCUGUCUAUAUCGUUAGUAAGCCUUGAUCUGUGCUCAAUGGGGAUUCCGUUUCGCUAGACUUGUGUUGAAUGUUACUGGAAUUCAAAAUUGUCCAGAGAAUAUUGGCUAGUUAGAUUAGGAAUUCUAUCUGCCUUAGUAUUGAUAGAGUAACCAAUUCUUUUCUUCUUUAAAUCAGUUAACAGAACUCCAUUCUUUGUAAGUUAGGUAGGAUGUAAAGUCCCUCAACAUUGGCUGUUUAUCAUGAACCUCAAUGAAGGUCAAGUAUACCUGAAAACAUGAUUAGUUUGAACAUUGAUGAUCAAAUAGACAAAUGAUCAAAUAGACAAAUAGCUAUUGUCUUCCUGCCCAAACUUUUGCUUUCCUGUUCUAUAUAAAUAAAGCUGUGGUGACAUUAGCCUCUCGAGUCCAAAGUUCAGUGUCUCUUGGAUUAUCCCUUUGUGAAGAAAAGAAAAAGUAAAUAAAUAAACCUGCUGAUUUGCAUACUUAUCGAGUUAUCAUGGAAGAAACAUUUGUUCCUUUCCGUGGAAUCAAGAAUGAUCUUAAAGGAAGGCUUCUUUGCUACAAGCAAGACUGGAAGGGUGGAAUUCGCGCAGGCAUAAGGAUCCUUGCUCCAACUACAUAUAUAUUUUUUGCAUCAGCUAUUCCAGUUAUAUCUUUCGGGGAGCAAUUGGAAAGGAAUACCAAUGGAACCUUAACUGCAGUUCAAACUCUUGCAUCAACGGCACUUUGUGGAGUGGUCCACUCAAUCGUUGGUGGACAACCACUCCUGAUACUUGGUGUAGCUGAGCCAACUGUUUUGAUGUACACGUUUAUGUUCGACUUUGCAAAAGAUCGAAAGGAUUUGGGACAGAAGCUCUUCUUAGCCUGGACUGGAUGGGUAUGCGUGUGGACAGCCCUUUUGCUUUUCUUGCUGGCCAUUUUGGGUGCUUGCUCUAUCAUAAAUAGAUUUACACGCUUGGCUGGUGAAUUGUUUGGCCUUCUAAUUGCAAUGCUCUUCAUGCAGCAGGCUAUUCGGGGAGUUGUGGAGGAGUUUGGGGUGCCAGAAAGAGAAAAUCCAAAACAAACUGCACUCCUACCUUCGUGGCGGUUUGGAAAUGGAAUGUUUGCUUUGGUUCUGUCAUUUGGACUACUGCUUACUGCAUUGAGGAGCCGUAAAGCCAGAUCCUGGCGGUAUGGGACAGGCUCACUGCGCGGAUUCAUAGCUGACUAUGGCGUUCCAUUUAUGGUGCUUGUAUGGACUGCUAUUUCCUAUAUUCCAGUAAAUAGUGUUCCACGAGGAAUACCGAGGCGGCUUUUUAGUCCAAAUCCAUGGUCUCCUGGUGCAUAUUCAAAUUGGACAGUUAUCAAGGACAUGGUGCAUGUUCCUCCACUGUAUAUUGUUGGAGCAAUUAUUCCUGCCACAAUGAUUGCCGUGCUUUACUAUUUUGAUCACAGUGUGGCAUCUCAACUUGCCCAACAAAAGGAGUUCAAUCUAAAGAAGCCUGCUGCCUACCACUAUGAUCUUCUUUUGUUGGGUUUCUUGGUCAUAGUCUGUGGUCUAAUCGGCAUCCCUCCUUCCAAUGGUGUCAUUCCACAAUCUCCUAUGCAUACCAAAAGCUUGGCAACUCUGAAACAUCAGCUUCUACGCAAUAAACUCGCAUCAACUGCUCGAAAAAGCAUACGCAGAAAUGCAAACCUUGGCCAGCUCUAUGAUAGCAUGCGAGAAGCUUACAAUGAAAUGCAAACCCCACUUGUCUUCCAAACUCCACCAGCUUUGGGACUAAAGGAGCUGAAAGACUCCACGAUUCAACGAGCCUCAAGUACAGGUUAUAUUGAUGCACCCGUUGAUGAGACUGUUUUUGAUGUGGAUAAGGAUGUUGAUGAUCUUUUACCCGUGGAAGUCAAAGAACAGCGUCUCAGCAAUCUACUUCAAGCUUUAAUGGCUGGUGGUUGUGUUGCUGCUAUGCCUCUGUUGAAAAAGAUUCCCACUUCGGUUCUCUGGGGAUACUUUGCUUUCAUGGCAAUUGAAAGCUUGCCUGGCAACCAAUUUUGGGAGAGGAUAUUACUCCUUUUCACUGCUCCAACUAGAAAAUAUAAGGUGCUGGAGAAAUAUCAUGCAACAUUUGUUGAGACAGUUCCUUUCAGGACAAUUGCCAGCUUCACUGUCUUUCAAACAGUCUACUUGCUUUUAUGCUUUGGCUUAACAUGGAUACCAAUAGCUGGUGUCCUUUUCCCAUUAUUAAUCAUGCUUCUUGUCCCCGUACGGCAGUAUAUACUUCCCAAGUUUUUCAAAGGAGCCCAUCUACAGGACUUAGAUGCUGCAGAAUAUGAGGAAGCCCCUGCAAUACCUUUUAAUAUAUCUUAUGAAGGGCAAGAAGGUCAAGCAAGGACUACCCACAUUAACAGCGGCGAAAUACUUGAUGAAAUUGUCACAAGAAGCCGUGGUGAGAUCCGGCGUGCAUCUAGCCCAAGGGUAAAUAGUUCAACUCCAACUUCAGCAGAAGACAUAAGGACAGUGUACAGCCCGCGGGGAUUGUUGCAUAGGGCACAUAGCCCCCGGGUGGAUGAGCUAAGGGCAGAAAGAAGUCCAAGAAUGCCUGGAAAAGGACUUGAAAUAAGGCAAACACCCAGUCCCCGUCCAUCUAUACUUGGUCACGGCAGUACUGGUUCCUCUUCUACCUAGUAUAUUAGCUAUUAUUCUGGUGAGUUGGUGUCACCUGUCAUUCUUGAAAGGUCUUCAUAGAGUCAUAAGUGGUGCUUGAGAGGUCUCCUGAGAAGGUCGUAUGGUACAAUACAUGAGUUUCUGUUGCUAACUUGUGAGAAGCGUGUUUGAUGUUUUUCAGGUUCUGCUUUUUUCUUUUUCGUGUAUGUUUGGGCAGUCGGCAAAGCUAUGUUAAUGAUGAUAUAUUUAUUCAAUUUUGGUCUGUUUACCUAUAAUUCUUUUGCUCUUUUGGUUCAGUCUCAAGUUGCAAUAUAUCUGGUUCAGUAAA